GGUGGGGAUGGGGGAUGCGAUGGCUGGAGUCUGUGCGGUCUAGAUGGGUGGGCUUGGAGGGAGUCUUGGAGUGCUGCUCCCGCCCCGGUCCCUAGGGGCGCACUUUCUGCUUCCAUCCUCACCCCAGUUCACAUCAAGAGGGAGUUCUGCAAAGACCAAGUUUGGUAAGAAACUAAGGCGUCAAGGAAAACUAGGGAUUAAGGCCACAAGGUUUACAAAUACUGAAUCCUUAUUCAGCUUAACUGGAGUCAGGAUAGUUUAUAUGAUCCUGCACCCCUGAGCUCCUUACCCAGAUCAGCCCCUGCUGGGGAAUCUUGCCCCAACCCCUUUCCAGAUCUUGUUCUAGUUCUCCAGUUAACUCCUACUUUUGUGCAACAGUACACAUACAUUCACAAACAGGCACACCCCAAAAUACCCCCCUACACACACACACCCCUUCCUGGAACAAGUCAAUUCUAAGGGACAGGAGUUCCUGACAGGGUCCCCUUAGCCAGCCACAGCUAUAAACUUUUAAGGGAGUCUACCUCAACCAAAGAAAUAAACUGACAUUUUCUGUAGCUAUGCAUCACCGAUCAGAGCUCUUGGCACCCACUUCCCCUUUGUAAAGAAUUGGUAGUUCUUACUCUAGGGGUUGUGGCUGAUGGAGGAGGUAGAAAAGGGUAAGACUUUAGGAAGACGGUCCUGUCAAGGUAUGAGGGAAGCCACAGACCGCUAACAAAGCAUAUAAUUGCAGAGGGGUGGUGCUCAUAGCCCAGUGGUUAGGGUGCUGGCCACAUGCACUGGGGCUGGUGGGUUCAAACCCAGCCCAGACCUGCUAAACAACAACAAAUAUCCAGGUGUUGUGGUGGGCACCUAUAGUCCCAGCUACCUGGGAGGCUUAGGCAAGAGAAUCACUUGAGCCCAAGAGUUUGAGGUUGCUGUGAGCUAUGACACCAUGGCGCUCUACCAAGGGCAACAUAAUGAGACUCUGUCUCAAUCUUUUAGAAAAAGCAUAUAACUGAAUGACGAAGGCUGGAACUUGUACAAGGCUGAGUUUUCUUAAGGAUUGUAACUUUACAUAUUAGGCCCACCCACCCUGCAUACACACAGGAACUCCACUUCAUCCUGUGACAGCACCAAGAACUGUGCCAAGUACUUAGAGAGCACUCAGUAUCUAUCAUUGGACAGCAUUGCCUCCUCCAGCACACCUCCCCAAAAUGGCUGCUUUUGGACACACGUUCCCCUUCUAUGCUGGCCCCAAGCCAACCUUCCCAAUGGACACCACCUUGGCCGUCAUCAUCAUCAUCUUUUUGACUGCACUGGUCACCUUUAUCAUCAUCCUGCCUGGCAUUCGGGGCAAGAUGAGGCUGUUCUGGCUACUGCGGGUGGUGACCAGCUUAUUCAUCGGGGCUGUGAUCCUGGCUGUGAAUUUCAGUUCUGAGUGGUCUGUGGGCCAGGUCAGCACCAACACAUCAUACAAGGCCUUCAGUUCUGCAUGGAUCAGCGCUGAUAUUGGGUUGCAGGUCGGGCUGGAAGGAGUCAACAUCACAAUCACAGGGACCCCCGUGCAACAGCUGAAUGAGACCAUCAAUUAUAACGAGGAGUUCACCUGGCGCCUGAGUGAGAACUAUGCUGAGGAGUAUGCCAAGGCACUGGAGAAGGGGCUGCCAAACCCUGUGCUCUACCUGGCCGAGAAAUUCACCCCGAGGAGCCCAUGUGGCCUGCACCACCAGUACCGCCUGGCAGGACACUAUGCCUCGGCCGCAUUGUGGGUGGCAUUCCUUUGCUGGCUGCUGGCCAACGUGAUGUUCUCCAUGCCUGUGCUGGUCUAUGGCAGCCACAUGCUGCUGGCCACGGGCAUCUUCCAACUGUUGGCACUGCUCUUCUUCUCCAUGGGCACAUCACUCAGCCUGCCCUGUCCCCUGCGCCUGGGCACUGCUGUGCUGCAUAUUCACCAUGGGCCUGCCUUCUGGAUCACACUGAUCACAGGACUUCUGUGUGUGCUGCUGGGACUGGCUAUGGCAGUGGCCCACAGAAUGCAGCCCCACAGGCUGAAGGCUUUCUUCAACCAGAGUGUGGAGGAGGACCACAUGCUGAAGGGGAGCCCUGAGGAAGGGGGACUCCUGAGCCCCCACUAUGGGUCCAUGGCUGAGAGUCCCGAGCCCCAGGACAUUCCUCUGUCAGAGGCUGCCUCCACCGAGGCAUGCUGUAAGGAGGAGCACCCCGGAGAGCCCGAGUGUGCCCUAUAAUGUUUCUCUCCAGCAGCCACUUGGACUUCCA